CCAAACACGCAGCUCGCCCAAUCACAAAUGCAGACACAGAAAAGAAUAAGGGCUGCUCGUCCUCACCGCCAAUAAGCAGCUGCGUUACAUCUGGCCAGCGUGUUCUUCAGUGUUUUGGGCAGAGAGUUGCUCUGGGGGAGGAGGAAGGUAGUAGCAGCCGAGGAGUUGUGUUGCCUGUGCUGGUCAUAUUACUGCUGCAGCCUGAGCACAGGGGAGGCCGCUCCUUUGUUAUUGUUCUGCCCUCACUGGGGAGGGGAUGCUGCUCUGGGUCAGCUGCACAAGUCCUCAGCACUGGGCUCUAGCAAUAUGAAGGAUGGAACAAGACGAGGUGACCAUCAGGGAGCAGAACUUUCACAGCCAAGUUAGAGAAUGGAUUAUCUGUUUUCUUAUGUUCACCAUUUUAUACAUCGUGUCCUACUUUGUCAUUACCAGAUACAAAAGAAAAGCCGACGAUGCUGGGGACUCCGUAAGGACCAUGGGGAUUAUACCAAAGCUCCAGACCGGGCGGACGACUUUGCAGCACCGAUUGAGCAAACAUGAGGUCCUCCUCAGCCAAGAUGAACAAGAGGAUGAAGAUGCCACUGUCAAUCGUGUUUCGCUGUUCUUGUGCACAUUCACACUUGCAGUUUCCGCUGCUGCUGUGUUACUGCUUCCUUUUUCCAUAAUCAGCAAUGAGAUCCUCUUGUCAUUCCCGAAGAACUAUUAUAUCCAAUGGCUGAACGGCUCUCUGAUCCAUGGGCUUUGGAACCUCGUUUCCCUUUUCUCCAAUCUGUGUCUUUUCAUGUUGAUGCCAUUUGCAUUCUUCUUCCUGGAAUCUGAAGGCUUUGCUGGAUUAAAAAAGGGGAUCAAAGCCCGCAUAUUGGAGACAGUGGUCAUGCUUAUUCUUCUGGCUCUGCUUAUUUUUGGCAUUGUGUGGGUGGCAUCGGCUCUGAUUGACAACAGUCCUGCAAGCAUGGAAUCAUUGUAUGAUCUUUGGGAAUUCUACCUACCCUAUUUAUAUUCCUGUAUUUCACUUAUGGGAUGCCUGUUAUUACUCUUGUGCACUCCUGUAGGCCUUUCCCGAAUGUUUGCAGUAAUGGGUCAGCUUCUGGUGAAACCGACAUUAAGACUUGUUGAAGUGAAAAAAAUGACUCUCUGGCAAAAAACGAAACACAGAAAGAAGAUUCUUGAAGACCUAGAUGAGCAGAUAUACAUUAUAAGUCUGCAAGAAGAGUCUUUGCAAAGGAAACUGAACGGAGGCUAUUCUGCUAUAGACAACAACACAAAGAAGAUUGAACAUGAUCUUAUGAAUGCAAAGACCAUGAAAUCAAAGCUAGAAAGGCGCAAAAAAGCUUCAGCCUGGGAGAGAAACUUGGUGUACCCAGCUGUAAUGAUCCUGCUCCUGAUUGCAACGUCUCUUUCGGUGAUACUGGUGUCUUGCAACAUUCUGCGUCUGCUGGUUGAUGAGACAGCAAUGCCAAAAGGUUCAAAGGGUCCAGGUAUCAUUGGAAGCGCAUCGUUAUUCACAUUUGGAUUUCUUGGAGCGACUUUAGAAAUCCUUUUAAUUUUCUAUCUGAUGGUGUCUUCUGUCGUCGGCUUCUACAGCCUUUGCUUUUUUGGAAGAUUUACUCCCAGGAAAGAUGACACAACAAUGACAAAGAUCAUUGGGAACUGUGUAUCUAUUCUGGUGCUUAGCUCAGCUCUGCCAGUUAUGUCAAGAACCUUAGGAAUCACAAGAUUUGAUCUAUUAGGCGAUUUCGGAAGGUUUAACUGGCUGGGAAACUUUUAUAUCGUUGUUGCAUAUAAUUUGAUAUUUGCCAUCGUGACAACACUGUGUUUGGUGCGUAAAUUCACAUCAGCUGUUCGAGAGGAGCUGCUGAAAGCAAUAGGUUUAGAUAAGCUUCAGCUCUCAAAUGUGCCCAGCGAUACACCGUCCCCUAACGGGCACCAGAAAACACUGUGAAAUGAAACAACAUCACUGCGGAUGACAUUCCUCAGAGCUUAGGCUGAAUCAGCGCUGUUCAUGUCCACACAAUCUGUAUACAUUUAGAAAAGACUUAAAGUGUAGGUUAGACUGACCGCGUAGCUGCAUUUUCUGUGGACUUGACUUCUUAAAAAGAUCCCUAUGUUGUUUUGUUACAUUGCAGUAAAAGUUACAUGUGACGUUCUGGGGUGGGCAAUUAGAUGCUCUCUAGCUGAUGUUGAACUACAUAUCCCAGCAUGCCCUGCAACAGUUUUAGUAAAGCCAAAUAGCAAAACUAGCAGAGCAUGCAGGGAUGUGUAGUCCUACAACACCUGGAAAGGGCAGCUUCUUGCCCACCGCAGAAUUAUUCCUAACCAACUAAGUCCAUGAUCCUCGUGGGGUUUAUACUUUUUCUAUUAAAUGAUUGUUAGAAAGUAACAUUACUGCCCAUUUUUUGUUCUUAGCAGAUUAUGACUUGUUCUCAAUUUGUCUGAGAACUGGGAAUAUGCCUCCAUCUGCCAGUGUCACAGAAAACUUUUUUGCAUCGUUCCUUUUAUUAACUGCUUUAAUGAACGUUAUGUUAUUAAAACAAUGGGGGUACUUUAUGAAAACUGAAGGGAACAACUGAUCACAAUCAGUCAGGCUCCUGCUUUCAUUUAAUAACCUAUACUAUAAAAGUGCUUUUUUUUUCCUCGUGCCCCAUUUUUCAUACACUCCCCGCAGUGUUGUUUAGUAGCUUGUUAUCAGUUCCUGACCAGCUGAGGCACUGUACUACUUUAUGUACAGUGAUCCAAAGCACUAAAUAAAAGGUUAUUAUUUGCACUAGUGUUUACUAUCAGUAGUAGUUUUUGUGUUGAUGCUAUAGCCUGAGGUUUAUGAUCUGUUUAUUAGUGACCAAACUACAAGUUGUUACAGAUUUAAGGCCCGUACACACUGGUCGAUAUAUCUCCGUCAUUCACAGACGUAUCGCGUCGGCCUCGCAGCACAGCCGACGGCCAAUAUAUCUACCGAUAUAUUGGGGCGUCGCUGUGUGUGUACAGGGCGGUCGGCCGACCGCCCGUACACAUGCUGCGGCGGCCGGCGGUGAUUGACAGCUGAACUGGGCGGUCGUGUGUACACGUCCGCCCAGUUCAUGACAUCAGUCCCCGACGGAUCGGGCACAGCACACUGCCCGAUCCGUCCGUAGAUAUAUCUGCAGAUCAAUUGAUCUGCAGAUAUAUCUACUAGUGUGUACCCACCUUUACAGUCAUGCAUCCUCGUGUUUGAUGUUUGUCACUUUACAAAGGAUUAUCCGCAAUGGCUGUAAGCCACAAGACCUGCUCUUGUUUAACUGUGAUUUUAAAAGCAAUAUUUACUACUAUAGCCCAUACAGUGUUUACAGGAAUUUUAUUGCUGACAAGUGAAAAAUCCUCUUGCUGUUGCCAUGGAUAGGUUAUCGUUGGCUAGUUCAUAAGUCCCAAUAUAAUGUACUUAUUGGUAGUAUGUACAGUGUGUGCCUAAUAGCAGCAUAUUAGAAACAGAGAGUAGUAAUAAAACAUGUCAUUAAAGUUAUAGAUCAUUUGUUUUAUAGGUCUCAAUCCUAAAUCACGUUGAAACUUUUUGCAGCGGACAUCAGUGGCUGGCGGCUUCUAAUGUGGGGCUGCCGCUUCAUCAGGUCACUAUGGGGCAGAUGUAUUAAGCCUGGAAAAGUGAUAAAGCAGUUAUAAAGAAGCGAUAAGUGGAAGGUGAUAACGCACCAGCCAAUCAUUAAGAGUUUGAAAAAUGACAGUUAGGAGCUGAUUGGCUGCUUCGUUAUCACCUUCCAUUUAUCACUUCUUUAUAACUGCUUAUAACUUAUUUAUCACUUCUCCAGGCUUAAUACAUCUGCCCCUAUGUCUUUUAGGGGUCUAUUCAUGAAGCAGGGAAAAGUGUGGAGAAGUGAACCAGUGGAGAAGUUGCCCAUGGCAACCAACCAGCAUUGAAGUAACAUUUAUAAUUUGCAUACUUUAUAAUUGUACGGAGCAGCUGAUUGGUUGCCAUGGGUAACUUCUCCACAGGUACACUUCUCCACUCUUUUCACUGCUUCAUGAAUAGACCCAUUAGUGUCCGCUUUCUGUACAGCUUUAUGUUACUGAUGUCUGCUUUUUAUCCAUUCCUUUACAUAUCUUAUUCAGGGAGGGCGUGCUGACAGCAACCAUUGCUACUUCCCCUACUAUGCUGGGAUUAUUAUAGCAGGCAUGGGCGGUGACACCUGCACACCCCAUACGCAUUUCACUGAGUAUAAUGGUAUAAACACCUCACUGGGAGGUGCACUAAGCUCACUAUCCUUUCAUAUGCCAUUCACAGUCCAUGUAGCUGUGAGUGCUAUGGAUAUGCAGACAUGAUGCCAACAUGUAUGUUGGAAGCCUUAACAAUAUCAUAUUAUACAGAAGAUGGAGGUAUGUACAGUAUAGAAGCCAGUAUUACAGAAAAUAAAGUCCGCCUCCUGCACAAAUGGAAUAUGCUAUGUAUGUACAGAUAAAGGGAGAUGAGUUUUCUCCAGUGAACAACUGAAAGGCAAACUUUUAUUUUGCAAUAAAUUUGAAUAUCCUCCACUAUUCUCAGGUAAUCUGAUCCGAGCUGUCUCUAGGAAGCAUUGGAUUCUAGAUGUAACCUUAGACACUACACAAUAGUCUGCCUCGUCUGUAAUAUGUACUUAGGACAUCCUAUCCGCUGUUCCUGGAGGGUGUGCGCUAGGAGGGAAAUGGCCGGUGAUAGUACCCUGGUCUGGCUUGGGGCACUAGAGUUGUAGCAUGCAUCAUGGCAGUGAUUUGGUUCUGUAAUCCUAUGGGAAGCUGGCACAUGAUGUAAGCACCACAGUGAAGUGGAACAUACUGUUGUGUGAGCACCAGGUCAGAGAGUCUCAGCUAUUGUCUCAUAACCCUCUGACUGUAUAUUGUGUAUGGGCAGUCAUAUACUGCCUUUUAGGAAGCUGCACCUGGACAUCGGAUCGCAGCCUCCAUUUCUGAAAGUUAGAUUAGAGCGCCCUGUGAAAUGACAGUACCCUUAGGUCUUAUAGUACUGUCUUUUCUAGUCAAAAGAGAGCGCUUAAAAUGUGAAGAUAAUUCAUAUAUCUAAUGACUAUUAUCUGGGGAGUGGGGAGCAGGUUGCCAAGGUCACUGUACUUUAAGCUUAUUUCGUACUAGCUUUGUGUAAAUUCAAGUUAUUUGGACCCUGUGCAUUUAGAGCAGGGUAGUAUAACUCAUCUCUGUAGAUGGCCAUUGGUGCUCAGUCAGGCAGCUCAUGUCUGCAGAGUAUGAUGGUAGAUGUAGUUCUAGGAAAGCAGUCUCCUAUAUUUAUCCUGUCACACACUCACAAAGUGUUAGAGCAAGAAGAAAACUUCAACUCUCUUUACCUCUGGUAAUCGUGCUUACUAAUAAAGUUGUGUGAAAGUUGUAUGAGGUGUUUUCUGACCCUAAACUGGUGUUUUACAUUUUAAACUAUGCACUCCAACAAAAUCACAAUAUAAUCACCCCCCACAGCGCCAUGGACAGUAUGCUUUCCUGUAAACCUGAGGCAGCUGAUGCAUGGCAUGGAGAACCAUAGUAGAGAUCUAAUCUCCAGAUCACUUGUUAUGUAGAUUUUCCAAAUCUCCUUAUAUGUUGUGGAAAUGUGAUGAUGAUGAUGAUUAUUAUUAUUAUUAUUAUUAUAUUUCCACUAGACCCCACAAUUUUGUGAAGUAUGAUCAUUUUCCAAGGUGAAUUUCUGCCACAAUGACCCCACAGUGUAACUAGUGAGCGGUGUGAUUUAUUUAGAAGCACAAAUAACAUGCAAUCGUCUUUCAUAUCAAAGUUUUUAUAACAAUUUCUCACAUUAACGAAGUAAACACAUUUUCUGGAAUUAAAACAUCAAUAAUUUGGUGACAGCAUUCAGGUAUAAGAAUCUAGAUAGCCGUAUGUAAAAUUAAUCUGCAGUUAUCUCUGAUUUGAAAAUUGAAACAUCCACAUAUGGCAACGCUCACAGAGCAACGACUGCCAUACUGUGGAAAGGGUAGUGGUUCACUAUAUUUGCAUUUACUGCCAUGGAGGUUAUUACAAAUUGUACCAAAACACAUUUGAAAUGGUUUUCCGCUAGUCACUUUAGUGGUAUGACUUCUGAAGGGCAUUGCUUUAUCCUUCUUGCUCCCUGUGUUUUGCACAAAAGCAUUUCCAUCAUCUAGAUAGAGAUAUUUACGGUGGCUGCUGUAUAAAACACACAGCUGUUAUUGCCGUAUCUGUAUCACCGCACGAAGCUGAGCUGUUGUAUUAAAGGAUAGAUAAUGCAAAAAAACUUUAUUGAUAAAACACAGAAAAAAUGCAGAAAGAUAAAGUGAUGUAUUUGGAAAAGGUUGCAGCAAGGAAUGUGCAAAUUAAUAAAAUCAUCUUCAGGCGGUAACCCCUCUACAUUGUACAGCUUUAGAAAGACUUCAUAUACAGUUUCUACAUCCAUUUUCUAUAAUUCCUGUAGCGGAAGCUUAGACCAAUCAAAUUGCUUGAAUUUAUACAUCUUUCACCAUCUUGCUUUUACAUUUAACUUAUAAAAGUACAAAUAUUGUGUUUACAGGCUUGUUUUCUCCUAGAUUGUUAAUGGAGAAUGCACAGUGUGUGUAAUGUGAAGAAGAUCACUUCCAAAAUCAUUUUAGUUGUGGUCUGUGCUUUCCUUUUUCUUUUCUAUUGUAUUUUGUGUGUAUAUUACUGGAUUCUUUUUUUGGUGUUUUAUAUGUUCAAUAAACUUUUUUUGUGUUUCGUAAA